AUGUCGCAGUCCGCCAGCAAGCAGUACCGCGUCGCCGUCAUCCCCGGCGACGGCAUCGGGCGCGAGGUGGUGCCGGCGGCCCUGCGCGUGCUGGCCGCCGCCGCCAAGCGCUUCAGCUUCGCCCUCGCGACGUCCGACUUUGACUUUGCUUCGUGCGACUACUACGACAAGCACGGCAGCAUGAUGCCGGCCGACUGGGAGAAGCAGCUGCGCCCCUUCGACGCCAUCUUCUUCGGCGCCGUCGGCGAUCCGCGCCGCAUGCCCGACCACGUCUCGCUGUGGGGCAGCCUGCUGCAGAUGCGCCGCACGUUCGACCUGUACUGCAACCUGAGGGGCACUCGCCUCAUCCCUGGCGUGCCGUGCCCGCUGCGCGACCCGGGCAAGAUCGACAUGGUCAUCGUGCGCGAGAACACGGAGGGCGAGUACACUGAGAUGGGCGGCAAGCUGUUCCACGACACGGACCGCGAGAUGGUGGUGCAGGAGACAGUCAUGACGCGCCAAGGUGUCGACCGCAUUCUCGAGUAUGCCUUCACGCUCGCCGCCUCUCGCCCGGCCAAGCAUCUCACGUCAGCGACCAAGUCCAACGGCAUCGCAUUGACGAUGCCCUACUGGGACUCGCGCGUCGCCGCCAUGAGUGCGCGCUUUCCAGACGUGCGCGUCGACAGCAUGCACAUCGAUGCGCUGUGCGCUGCGUUCGUCUCAAGACCCGCUUCGUUCGACGUCGUGGUGGGAAGCAAUCUGUUCGGCGACAUCCUGUCCGACCUGGCGCCGGCGCUGACGGGCUCCCUUGGCCUGGCUGCCUCGGGCAACAUCGACCCGACGCGCCGCAGUCCCAGUGUCUUCGAGGCAGUGCACGGCUCGGCGCUCGACAUUGCGGGCAAGAACGUGGCGAACCCCGUGGGGCAGAUCGAGGCGGGCGCUCUGAUGCUGCGGCAUCUCGGCGAAGAGGCAGCAGCAGAUGCGAUCUCCAAGGCAGUCGACGCCGUGCUGGGCCGUGGAGACGCGGCCGAGCUGACGCGCGACCUGGGAGGAAAGGGCUCGACGACGAGCUUGGCGGAGGCGGUCGAGAAGGAGCUGCUGAGCGCCUGA